AUGGGGAUAGUUGGUGGAAGGCCGGCCCCAGAGAGGAAGUGGCCCUGGCAGGUGAGCCUGCAGUACAGAGAUAUGCACAAAUGCGGAGGUUCUCUCAUUGCCCCACAGUGGGUGCUGACGGCAGCUCACUGUGUAGUUGGCUAUAAGGACCUUACGGUGAAGAUGGGAAGCACAUUUUUAUAUUCAGAGUGCCGAAGCACAGUGGCCAUUCCAGUUCAAGAUAUAUUUUGGCAUAUGGAUUUUAAUGCGAGCCUUAUCAUUAAUGACAUUGCCCUUCUUCAGCUGGCUGACUCUGUGAAUUAUUCUUCAUACAUCCAGCCAGUAUGUCUACCUGAAAAGAAUUUUGAAGUGAAAGCUGGGACACAGUGCUGGGUGACUGGAUGGGGCCGAACUUUAGAAUUCGGUGAGACUGCCAGGCGGGUUCAGGAGAUGGAGCAAAUCAUUCUUCCCCUCAAGGAAUGUGAUGAGAUGGCUCAGGAAGCAGCAAAUGAGUCUCGCACUCUGGUUCGAAAAGGGAUGGUCUGUGGGCAGAACAUAAAGAGAGGAGGUCCCUGCAGGGGAGAUUCUGGGGGUCCCCUGGUCUGUCAAUUUAAUAACUCUUGGGUCCAGGUGGGGAUUGUGAGCUGGGGUGUGCGCUGUGGUUUGAAAGAAGUGCCUGCAGUUUACACAGACAUUAGUUUCUACAAGGAUUGGAUCACUGCAAGAAUGAGUCAGGCAUCUGUUCUGGACUCAGGAGGCUUCUUUAUCCUAUUGCUGUGUUUGGUGCUGCCUCUGGACAUCCUGGCAACUCUGUGAUCAC